AUGUUUGGAUAUGAUAAAGUUCUAAAUAAACUUAUGCAUAAUGUGAAAUUGCUUGAAAUAUAUGGACUUGAUUUAAAUAUUGAUGGCAGUAUUGAUCAUGUAAAUGGUUCUAUUGUUACAUUCUCUGGUGAUAACUUAUCCUCUCGAUUUUUUGGUGGUUUUUCUACUUGCUUUUCAUCUGGCAGAAUUUGUCGCCACUGCAUGGUUUCGUUUAGGUUUCUUUCAGAUGUUCAUUCAAAAUCUUCGUGUCAGUUGCGAACAAUAGAUUUACAUAAAUAUCAUGUUCAACUAGUGAAGACUGAUAAGUCACUUGGUGCUGUAUAUGGUGUUCUUUCUCGUUGUUCUUUAUCUAGUUUACAAUAUUUCAAUGCAAGUGAAUGUUUCCCAUCUGAUUUUAUGCAUGAUGGACUUGAAGGACUUUUGAGUGUUAAUUUUUCAAUUGUUGUAAGAAAUCUUAUCAAAGAAAAACUAUUCACUAUUGUUCAAUUAAAAGAAGAAAUAGCAAAAUUCAAGUAUAGCAUUCCAGAUAGUUGUGAUAAACCUGCUGUAUCAUGUAUUCCAAAUAAUUUGGGAACAACUAAUAAAAGAAUCCAUGGAAAAGCAGUAGAGAGAUGGUCACUAUUUCAUUUUUUGCCAGUUUUUGUCAGUUGCCUAGUAAAAAAUCCUGAUAUACUCCUAAAUAAUAAUUUUUUGCAGCUUCAUUUGCUUUGUCGACAGAUAGUACAAAUCAUUUUGGCUCCAGAAAUUGAUAUAAAUGGGAUACCUAUUCUUGAGCAUCUCAUUCAAAGACACCAUUCUCUACUUGAAUGCAUUAGUCUUGUUGCAUUUGUACCUAAAAUCCAUUAUUUAGUACAUUAUCCUAGAUUACUAUUACAUUUUGGACCUCUGCGUCACCUCUGGGGUCCAGAAAAUUUAGGUAGUCAGAAAAUGUUAUCUAUAAAUUCAUUUCCAAUUGAACUUGUAGAUGCUAUUAAAAAUAGGUUUGGUAACACCCAUCAAAUAAAUGAAGCUGAGCAGUUUAUAUACACUACUAAACUUAGAAUUAAUGGACAGGUCUUUUAUACAACAACGUCUAUUAUUUGUCAGAAAAAAGCUAGCAAUGACAUGCCCCUAUUUGGAAAAGUUAAAUAUAUAUUAUUGUUUCAAGGAACUUGGAUUAUUUGCUGUGUUUUGCAGAUAGCAAAAGAAUAUAUUGAAUUUGCUGAUUUUUAUACUAUAGAGUGCUCUGACAAUUUGUUUGUUGUGAUACCUGGAGAACAUGCCAAUCAUUCGUCCCUGGGAUCCUAUUUUGGAUCCCAGGGACGAAUUAUAUUAAUUUCAGAUUUAUACUAUUAA